UUCCCGACGCAGCUGACGAUGUAAACAAGAAAAGACGGUCGAGGGCAAAAGGGAUCAAAGAUACCAGUGUCACCACCAAUGAUAGCUAUAAAAUUCCCAUAAAGGUUGAGAUGGGGCUCCCUGUUACUAUUAAAGUCAAUUUCAGGGGGAAUGUAAAGCGUUUCCUUGCUCAAGAUCUGGAUAAAUUGGAGUGGGAAUCGGUGGAAACCUGGAUUAAGGCGUCAUUUGGGAUCAACCAUUUUCAAGUGAAAUAUUUUGAUGAGGACAACGAAGAGAUCUGUAUAAAUAGCCAAGAUGAAUAUGAAGAAGCUAUUAAGAGUGCAGAGAAGCAGGGGAACCAGUUACACAUGAACGUGUACAAAAUGAAGGGACAGGCAUGUGGACCAUUGAAGACUGAAGUGAAGGAACUUAAAGGGGACCUCCGACCUGCUCCUCCGUAUCCUUCCAGAGUCAAGACUGUGGACAAAGGCACUCAAGUCACACCAGAGAAAGAGGCUGCUGCAGUGAAAGACAGCAAGGCAAACAAACCAGAAGAUGAGCCCCCUCCUGUAUGGUUUAGAUCCUAUAUGGAGAAGUUUAAAGAUGAAGUGGUUAAAGAAGUGGUAGAGAGGAUGUGCAGUGAUUUCUCUGGUCAGUGCUGCACACACAAGUCUUCAGACAGAGGCCUUGAGGUGAACGGUGCAAGUGGUGGUGUUCCUCUGGGCCCCAGCGCAGGCCCAUCCACCUCAAAUGAGUCCCUGGGUUACACCCCAAACUGCAGCAGCUGCAACAAACUCACCUCUGAUGGGGCGUACAAAUGCAGUGUAUGUCCAUCCUGCAUCCUGUGUGAGAUGUGCAGACAUAGCCAUGACCCCAGCCACAACCUCAUUAGAACGAAGACACCUCUUUCAAUCCCUGAGCAUGGGCCGUCUGGAGAAUUAAGGUUCCCAAGGCGAGGAGACAGGACAGUGCGCAAGGCCGAGCGACAGCGCCUCAAAGCGGAAAGGAGGCAGCUCAGAGCUGAAGUGAAGGAGAUCAAGAAGAAGCUGCGCCUGGAGAAGAGAGGACUGCAGUGGAGUGGGCCCUCUACCUCAGCCCGAGCCAACCUGACAAAUGUGGCAUCCGCCUCCACCCAGGCUCCUGCCGCGCCCCCCAGCGUCGCCACGGAGACAGCCUCAGGUCCAGGCCCUGCCCAAGGCCCCAUCUCUGCCCUGGGCCCCGACCCCCAGACCUCCAGUCCAGAGGGUCCUGGGGUCUCGCACACGUCCUUGGUGCCCACAAUGGCUGCCUUGUUUCUGGAUGAAAAUCUGCCUGACGGCACCCGUCUGGAGCCUGGUACCAAGUUCAUCAAAUACUGGAAGAUGAAGAACUCGGGCACAAUCAGCUGGACCUCAGAGACUAAGCUAGUGUUCAUGUGGGGCAACCUUGGCCUGGCGUCAGAGGAGAAGAGGGAGGUGCCAGUGCCCUUACUGCUGCCCGGACAAAUGGGCGUUGUCAGUGUGGUGUUUGUGGCUCCUGUGAUGGAGGGCACCUACACGUCCCACUGGCGGCUCGCCCACUGCGGCUGCCAGUUUGGCCCACGCGUCUGGUGCAGCAUCGUGGUCGACCCCAGCAACAGUCGCAGUGACCCUUCUCUUCAAAAGAAAACACUGAAAGACGACUUUAAGUGUGUGGAAAAAGAGAAGGAGGUAAGACCAAAAGACACUGGUCCAGUCCUGGCAAUGGACAUCAGCCAUGACGACUUGUACUUCCCUUCAGUGGACCUGCUCACGGCCCAGGAUUUACUCUCAUUUGAGUUGCUUGAUAUAAAUAUAGUUCAAGAAUUGGAAAAAGUGCCCAACAAUACUCCUGUUGACUUGACUCCUUGCAUCUCCCCUUUGCCACAUGACAUACCUAUGCUGGAAAAGACCACAACUUCACAAAUAAAAUCAGAAACAAAUGAGGAUGUUGAGGUUACAGGAGUCAGAACACUUUUUGGGGCAAAACUAAAGCCCCAUAGAGAGAUGCUGGAGUCAGUAACACAGGAGGAGGAGAGAGAAGAAGAAAUCAGUGGCGCUCAGUUUUUGUGUGAAACUAUUAUUCGUUCACUCACUUUGGACGAACCACCAGACCACAGACCAAUGCGCAGGAUUCUACAUAGCAGCCACAAACCACAAUUGGUUUCUAGAGGUCCUAGCAUUUGCCUUGACAGAAAUACAGAUGUUGAAAUGACAACUAAAGAAAUGAACCCUAGAAGAGUUGAGAGUCUGGCUCCACUCCCAAAUAUAUCUGUCACACAAGAUGAGGAAACUACUACAGCUCUCCUGUUGGAACCAGAAAAACAAAAUGUUAUUUUGCAUGACGACAAAGACGAUGAAGCUGUUGUUUUGAAUGGCAAUGAAGUAAAUGAAGAUGAGAAGGAGGAACGGGCAAACAGGGCGGAAGACUGGGACGAGGUGAGCAGCCAGACCUCCUCAGUCUCCUCUUGUGACGACUACAUCAUCGUUCUCCCCGACUGCUUUGACACGAGCCGCCCUCUGGGACAGUCCAUGUACAGCUCCGCCCUGUCCCAGCCAGACACAACCACGACCCCCAACGACCCUGCAGCCAAUGACAAUGCAGCAAGCGAGACUGCAGCCAAUCUGGACGUAGAACAAGACAAGGAUAAAGAAGAGCCCGCCUCCAAACUGAGCAGGGCGGCAUCGCUAACAGAGAGGGUGGAGCCAGAGGACGGUGGGACAGUAGCUGAAGUGUCCCCCGUGUCCUGUCCCCCUGUCCAGAGCAGCGUGAAUCAGAUGCUGUGCGCCUCCCAAACUCUGGACGCGGUCACUCUGACGCCUGAAGUGGUCCCGCCCCCGGCACGUGCGGACCCCCUGCUCCCCCCACCCACCCUCUACUCACCAAGGUCAGAGGCACUGUAUUUAGCUGAGGACCCCAGUCCACCAGCUUGUGAGCCAUAUGAACCUCAACCAAGAGUCCACCUCAAUGUUUCAUCUGGUUUGUCAAGAUCAGCUGGCUCUGCUUCCAGUGCCUUUGAGACAUACAACCCCAGACCCAGCAAUGCACUGCAGCCAAGUAGGGGUCAAGGUGGCAUCACAGAGGGCCUGGUAAAGGGUGCUCUAUCUGUGGCAGCUUCUGCGUAUAAAGCUCUGUUCACUGGACCAAACUGCACCAUACAGCGCGGCAUCGACCCAGCCACGAGACAGGACCCGUCGAUGAUGGCCAUGCUGCUGGAAAUGGGAUUUAGAGACCACCGUUUGAAUCAGCGUUUAUUAAGGAAGCAUGGAUACAGCCUGCUACAUACGGUCAACGAACUGGUUCAAAUGGCCGAAGAAAGCCAAAACGAAGCAGGAGACACCCACCAAUAAGAGAGGAGCUUGGGGUUUAAAAGCUAAAAAGGAAAAUAUAAAAUUAUCUUUUUAAAUUUUGUGGGAAAGAAUAUUUAAAAUGUGUCUUUUUUUUUUUUACACCAAUCAGGCAUAACAUUAUAACCACAGAUAAGGGAGGUUAACAUUUAAUUAACUUAAACUAUGUCAAAUAACCUGUUAGACAAGUGAACAUUUUCUCAUUCAAAUCAAUGUUAGAUGUCAGAUGAAUACAGAUUGCAGUAUAUAUUGCAAUUGCUAUUAGAGUUUAGGUUUUAAUAAUGGAUUUUGUAAAGUUCACAAUUUAAAUGUGUCCAGAAAGACUAAAAUAGAACUUAAGCUAAUACAAGAAUUACAUUUUAGAAUAUAUUUCUACAGGGCUACCAGUUUUCGACAGACUAAAACAUGCCGUUGUGUUGUUUGUGGAGGAAAAGAAUGGUACUGGUAGAAAAUUGCAGUUUGCAAUUUGGCAGCUGUAUUCACUAAAAUUUUGAUCAAAUUUCAAUCUUGCAGAACAUGUAUCUCUAAAUGGUAACUCUUGUACAGUCAGUUUAUUUUAUUUAUAGAGCACCUUUAAAAUGAGAGAAGGGAAGGAACAUAAUGUUGUAUUAUUGACUGGUGAUGCAUGUGAGGAGAGCCAACCAUGAUUCAGAUAAAAUGUGAUGACAGUGAAGUUGGUUGGGUUCACAAGAUUUCAUAACAUUAUAAAGAACUUAGAGUUAAAUAUUGAAGCAGAGGGCAACUCUUUAACACCUUAAAACUGUUUAUUGCAGAUAUUUUGCCCUGGUUUAUGGCCAAUAUCCAUAAUUACUGGAUCUAUUCAGAAAUAAAACUAGCCUGAUGUCAACUCUGUCAGUGCAAAUUAAAUCAGGUAAAAUUAUAGCUUCACUUUAACUUCAUAAUGUUGUAGUAUUAUCCAAUCAAACUUGCUCAAUUCAGAAAGUAGAAAGGGCCUAACAUAUGUGGGCGCAAUACCUGGACAAAGUAAUAAUAAUACAAAUAUUCUUGGAUUUUGUGUUUAGAUAUAGAAUUAUUGGCCCGUAUUCUCGAUCUUAGAUUACGAGAUUAUCAAAAUCAAGAAAACAUGUGGUUACAAUAUUUUGCCUGAUUGGUGUAUUCUAUUUUUAGGAUAGCCUACUUUUGAGAAUGAAGGAACAUAAACAUGGCACAGAUGUAAGAAAUAAUAGAUUAGUUUUUGAAAAAGUUAAGAAUUAUUAUUAUCCCUAAAGAAGCACUUAAGAUGAGUUAACAUGGCAGAUUAAGCUUUGCCAUAUUCCUGAUUUACUUGGACAUAAGAGCUUUAUAUAUGUGGUGGUGUGGUGGAGAGGGACUGAACUGUGUAUAAGCUUCUUCAUAGUGUUUGUAUGGCUUGUAGCUGCUUCUUGGUCUGGUAAAACGCUGUCAUUUUCAGGAGCAUAGCUAGAAAUUAAGAUGAUAAUUAUUGAAUGUUAUACAAAGUUAUACAUGUGGAUGCUACUGGGGCAAGUUUAAUUUCAGAGUCAGCAGUGCAGUAAAAAGGUGCAUUAUAUAACA